AUGAAAUUUAGCGGUAAUUUUCUAUCAUACGUCAUUAGAGCUGACAUGUCUCGCAAGAUGCGUGAUGGAGAUAUCGAAGACCUUCUCAUUCGUUUAGAAAAUGGGGACAUCUCAGAUGACGAGGAAGACAUAGGGAACGAAAAUGAUAUUGAUUACUAUCCAAAUCUACAAGAUAUUUUGAAUGUGUUGGAUAUUGAUAAUGAUAAUGAGGAAGUCAAUGAAAACCCUCCACUUGUAUCUGAAGAAGAACCUACCGAAUGUGCUGAAUCUUCGUCUGAGCAACCUACUCCAGGGCCUUCAUUUGCUCUAUCAGUACCGGGUAUUCUUGGAAUUGCAGCUUGGAGAUCUCGUAGCAGAGAACUGAUAUGGAAAAAGCGAGGAUCUUAUGAGGAGCAAGUGGCAGACUAUGAAGGUGUAGAUAUAUCUGUCACUACCUGGAAGGACAAUAAAAUGGUCACAUUAGCAUCUACUUAUGUUGGAGCGGAGCCGGCGGAGACAACCACCAGAUACGAUAAAAAACAGAAAAAAGAAAUUACUAUACCCUGUCCAAAAAUUAUUAAAGACUAUAACGCCCACAUGGGGGGCGUUGACCUCAUGGACAGUUUCUUGGGAAGAGCUGAAUUAGCAGAGGCGCUGUGUAAUUAUAAAAAAAGUGUAGAAAAGAGAGGAAGACCAUCUAGCAGUAACAUAGAAAAAGAAUUAGAAGCAAAGAAACCCCGUCGUAAGCCGGUGAACCCUGUACCUGUAAAAGAUGAUGUUCUACGUGAUCUAAGACCAAAUGAAUCUAACUCAUUAGAACUGUUUUGCAAGUGGAGCUGUGAUGGAUCACAGCAGGCACAAUUCAAACAAAAGAUGGAAAAUGGCGCCACAGAUAGUAACAUAUUUCAAAGUAGCUUUAUACUACUUCGUUUGGUAUGUGAUACCAAAACAGUAUGUUCUGACCCACUGAUUACUGGAAUGGGACAAACUUCCAAAAAGAGAACAUGCGAGAACACAGAGACAGAAUACAGAGCUCACGCGCCCACUUCUUGCGCUAUACAGCUUAUUGAAGAUAUGCUCGCACAUGAUUACGAGACUGACUUAAUUGCCUGA